ACAAAGGUGGAAAAGCAAAUGUAAAUCCCAAAGCUAUAUCCAAGGAACAGGAGUAGUAAGUCAAGUUGAAGAACAAUGGAGAGCCCAACACCAACACCAACACCAACACCAUCUUCAUCAUCAUCAGCAUCAGCAUCGGCCGUACACCCAGGAAUAGCACCAAUAUCAUAUCUGCUGGGAACAUGGAGAGGCCAAGGAGAAGGUGGUUUUCCCACCAUCAAUUCCUUCUCUUACAUCGAAGAGCUUCAUUUCUCUCACAACUCUUCCAAGCCCGUCAUUGCUUACUCCCAGAAGACUUGGAAACUCCAUUCUGGGGAGCCCAUGCACUCUGAGAGUGGCUAUUGGAGACCCAGACCCGAUGGUACCAUUGAAGUUGUCAUUGCUCAAAGCACUGGCCUUGUUGAAGUCCUGAAAGGGGAAUAUGAUGCAGAAGAAAAAGUCAUAAGGCUUCAAAGUGAGCUUGUGGGCAAUGCUUCUAAGGUGGAAAAGAUAACCCGAGUUUUUCAGUUAAUUGGAGGAGAUCUAUCUUAUGUGGUUCAGAUGGCUACAAAUGCUACUAGUCUUCAACCACAUCUCAAAGCCUCACUCAAGAAAUUGUGAUGCAAACAUGCUUUAGAAAAGUAAAGUGUAUAAAUGAGCAUCAAAAUAAACUCCUAUAUGAAACUGACGCUGAUGGAAAGGUAUAGUUUCCCGUUUGUUCAAAGGAUAGUGAUAUCCAGCUUGGUUUGAAUUUGGGGAUGGACACUUAAAAUUGAGUCUUUAUUAGAAUACAAUUUAGUUCUUCACAAAGUAUAUUUACAUCAAUAAAUUCUGAUUUUUUGCUUA